CGGGCCAUGGCCGGGCCCCCGGUGCCCCCCGUCACGCAGCAGGUCGGCCGGGCGCGGGACUGCGGGCAGCGGCCGGAGCUGGGGGAGCUGCGGGAGGCCGCCCGCUGCCUGGUGGUGGACGCGGACGGGAGGAGCAUCCCCUUCAAGGCCCUGUACGGGGAGCGAAAAGCCAUCGUGGUGUUCGUGCGGAAUUUUUUAUGUUACACCUGUAAGGAGUAUGUAGAAGACCUGGCAAAAGUCCCCGAGGCGUUUUUACAAGAAGCAAAUGUGAGGCUUAUAGUUAUUGGACAGUCAUCUUAUCAUCACAUCAAGCCCUUUUGCAGUUUAACUGGGUAUACACACGAAAUGUAUGUAGAUCCACAAAGGGAAAUUUAUAAAACGCUUGGCAUGAAAAGAGGUGAAGGUAAUAAUGUAUCAGUGCGGAGCCCUCAUGUGAAAUCGAACAUGCUCCUGGGAAGUAUUAGGAGUAUGUGGAGAGCAAUGACUGGCCCAGCUUUUGAUUUUCAAGGAGACCCCGCUCAGCAGGGAGGAGCUCUGAUUUUAGGCCCAGGCAAUGAAGUUCAUUUUUUGCACCUUGAUAAAAACAGGCUGGAUCAUGUUCCCAUUAACACAGUUUUGCAGCUGGCAGGAGUUAAAACAGUAAAUUUCACAAACAAACCCCAGAUUAUUGACAUAUGACACUGGCACAAUAUAUGAUUUUUUUUAUUUGUGCUCUGCAAGAACAAUUCUCCAGUGAAUUGCCACCAGCAUCAGUACUGUUGUGUCUUUAUGGACAUCUGAAACCUUAUUGAGAAAAUCAGAGCACAGA